UUGCAUCCGAUGCGCCAUUUGUCAAUAAAAGUAGAAUAAUAUAAAUACAAGUCAACUAGAUUAUCCAGGUUAUACUCUUUCUUUUACCUGUCCGUUUAGCUUGAAGAAGUCAACAUGAGGUUUUUAGCAGCUUUGCUCUUCGCAGUCGUUGUUGCCCAGGUGGCGGCUAGAGAUCUGUCCAAAUAUCAGGAUCGAUCCGUUUUGUUCCCUCGACCACCUGUAGCACAAAAGAAUCAGUACGUCCCUGUUAAACGCGCUGCUACCGUCGACACCCGAGGCUUUUGUGGUACAGUCAAAACCUCCAAUCAAGAUCGCAUUGUAGGUGGCACUGAGGCCGUUCCAAAUUCUCUUCCAUGGCAAGUGGCUUUGUUUAUCGAUGAUCAAUACUUCUGUGGUGGUUCCCUCAUCUCGCCCGACUGGGUUUUGACUGCUGCCCAUUGCGCUGAUAAUGCCACCUUCUUCAACAUUAUGCUUGGAGCACACAAUGUCCGCUUGACGGCUGCCGAAGAACCUAAUCGCGUUGAAUAUCGAUCUGAAGUGUACACUAUUCACCCCAACUGGGGCCCGAAUUUGUUGCGCAACGACAUGGCUCUCAUCAAGCUUCCUGAGUCAGUUACUUUUACCGACGCAAUUUCACCCAUCUGUUUGGCUCCCGCUACUGAACCUUCUCACGCCGGAGAUCCUCUGCAUGUCAGCGGAUGGGGCAAACCGUCGGAUGCCGCCACUGGCAUUUCUCCAGUUCUUCGUGAAGUCGAUGUAGUUGGUAUUACCAAUGAGGAAUGUGUCGCAGCUUACAGCGUCCUCACGAUCCGCGAAAGCAACAUUUGCGUCUCCACCUUAGGUGGAAAAAGCUCUUGCAACGGUGACUCUGGUGGCCCAUUGAGCUUCAUCAAUAACGGCGUUUACAAUCAAGUGGGCGUUGUCAGCUUCGGUUCCAAUCAAGGCUGCGAACUGGAAAUUCCAGCAGGUUUCGCCCGUGUUUCCAGCUUCACCGAUUGGAUCUCAUCCGUUACUGGCUUGGUCAUCUAAACAUAAACAUCGAAUGAAAUAAAUGCUCUGCGCUUAAUUGUGACCUUUAUUUCUUUUUUUUUUUGUUUUUCAAAAUGAUAUAUUUAGAAAAAAACAAAAGAAUGGCAAUUUAAUAUCGUGUGUUACCCUCUUGGAUUUAUUUAGAAAGAAUAAUUACAUUGCAUGUCAACACGCAA